AUGGGUCACUCUUACGGAAAGCGAGCGGGCACUCGCUAUGCCUUCAGCCGCAACUUUCGCCAGAAGGGCAUGAUCGCCCUGAACACUUAUCUGAAGACAUACCGAGUGGGCGACAUCGUCGAUAUCAAGGUCAACGGGGCUGUGCAGAAAGGUAUGCCGUACAAGGUCUACCACGGAAAGACUGGUGUCGUGUACAACGUCACCAAGUCCUCCGUCGGUGUAAUCAUCUACAAGAAGGUCUGGCAUCGAUACAUUGAGAAGCGGAUCAAUGUACGAGUCGAGCACAUUCAGCCCUCCCGAUCCCGCGAGGAUUUCUUGAAGCGAGUCAAGUCCAACGCCGAGGCCAAGAGAAAGGCCCGUGAGGAUGGUGUCACUGUUCAGGUCAAGCGCUUGCCAGCUCUGCCCCGGGAAGCCCGCACUGUUUCUCUGACCGACAACCCUCCUGAGACCGUUACUCCUCUGCCUUAUGAGACGACGAUUUAA